AUGGCCGCUGCGAUUGCACCGGUAGAGCUUCCCACUGGACGGCGGUCCUACUACAACACCUCAAUACCGCCCGUCGACAUUCACGACCCGAAUUGGAUUCCUGUGCUGGACAGUGCCGCCUAUAAACCGCCCUUGUCGCCGACCGAGAAGGAGGUAUCGACUUACCAACUUCCGUCUGCAUCUUUCUCCCUUUUCCCGGCUCAGGCCAACUCUCCCAAGCCACGCCCGGCAGUCUCUCAUACCUACUCCAAGAGUUCGCUGGCUCCCGAGAGCGUUGCGUCGGGCUCAGAUUCGAGGUCGCAAAGCCCGCAGGACAGUAUCGAACCACUACCCAGCAUUGGAGGACCCGUUCAAUCGUCUCAGGAUGGCACAAAGGGACACAAUCGGCAGACUACGUCCACCACAGCGGCGUCGAGCGAAGAGAAGAUAUCGGUGCAUACCGAGAGUGCUGGAGAGAUGGGCAGCUCGUCGCACAGCGAAGAACACGAAAUUUCCAGUGUGAUGGAGGAGCAGGAGUUGGGUUACCUACCACCACCGCCAGAACCGGUCGGCGAGUUCAUGAUGAAUAACUCUACACGGUCGUCCAUGGUUUCGACAAUGACCAAGAAGAGUACCGUCCUCCCACCGACGUCCAAGUACAACCGAAAACAUGUGGCCUCAGUGGCGGUGAACGCUGGGCUGCCGUUAGUUCCCAGUCUACCUCAGACACCGCAUGAAUCCCCUCGAAUAGGACCAACGCUGCCGACGACCACCCCCAUACCUCAACCUUUACCAUCACCCAAGCUGCCGCCCCCUCCCGAGGCGCCGCGGUCCGCUGAGCCCUCGCAAAAGCUACAGCCUGCCAAAUCUACUGCCUCUGAACGACGACAAAGAGCCCUUCAUUCCCACCCGUCCAACGUGUCAUUACGAUCACAACGCAAUUCCAGCUCGGACGACGCCGAGGUCAUCCCCAGACCGCCCUCGGUUCGCAACAAGUCGAGAAAAUCGACCGACUCGCGGGCGACCACCCCGAGAUCCACCAUCUACGAUUCCCAGUUGCCGACACCGGCGCCAACCACGCCCCUCCCUCAAUUACCUCCCGGCGCACAGAUUCGAAGACCCUCGACGCGUGAAGGGAAUUCGCAGCGGGCGCCACAGGCUCCCAUUGAUGAACCGGUGCCUUCGACGAUGGCUUCCUCAUUCCGACCAUCUGAACACAGCGAGAUGGCGUCGUUCAUGACGGAGAAGAACACCAUCAUAUGCCGACGGUUUGAUGCCGUGCACGUGAGACUGCUCCUGUGCCUUCAAGACGAGAUCUCGCAGCUGGAGAAGGAACUCUUGAAGGUAGAGAACCCCAACUCGCCUGGAAAUGCGUCGGAGAAGAUGACGCAGAAGACGCGAAUUCUGCGAGAGCUGCGGAAAGUGGUUGCAGAGUACGAUCACCUAUUCACGACGUGGAGCAAGAUGCAAGCCAACAAGGCUAGCGAGUCGACGACGCGGGAGCUCAGAGAGUGGCUCGCAAAGCCGGGGACCAGCGUCGAGGCCGGCCUGGGGAUCAACAUACAGCAGGAUCUACAGUGGCUGGAAAACACCAAAGACCUGAGCAGUAUCGAGUUGGGCGACAAGGAGGGAGCAGAGCCUACGAUAGACAAAGAGAAAGCCAGUCAGGGGGCGGGAGGGGGGGGAGAGGGUGGUGAUGGCAGUGGAGGCAAGGGAGGAGGGGGUUUCAUGGCAUUAUUUGGAUGCGCGGGCAAAAGGAAGUAA